CGUGAAAAGUAUACGUGUCAUCAUCAUCAGCGAGACGUCUAUAAAAACGCCGAGUCACCGAUUUUCAUUCACAAUUGUCAGUUCACCUUUCGAAGACGACAGCUUCAAAGAUAGGGCUAUUAAAAAUGGUCAUCGGACGAGCGCUUCAUUUCGUUUUUAAAAUACCGGAUCGCAAGUUAACGGCUAAGUUCUAUCGGGAAAUUCUUGGAAUGAAGGUAUUGCGACACGAAGAAUUUGCCGAUGGUUGCGAGGCUGCGUGCAAUGGACCAUACGCGAAUCGAUGGAGCAAAACUAUGAUAGGGUAUGGUCCAGAAGAUACUCAUUUUGUGAUAGAACUGACCUACAAUUAUGGAAUUAAAGAGUACGAAACUGGUAAUGAUUUUCGUGGCAUAACUAUUCGUUCUACGGAGGCAAUUGAGAGAGCACGUUUAAAUAAAUGGCCGAUAAAAAAGGAAUGUGGAAAAUUUGUCUUGGAAGCACCUGGUGGAUACAAGUAUUAUGUUAUCGAUGAGCCACAGCCUACAAACAAAGAUCCAGUGGAGAAAGUAACUUUGUCUAGUUCAAAUCUUGAAAAAACUAUUGCUUACUGGAAGGAUAUUCUGCAGUUAAAAGUAUUCGAUCAAACUGAUAAAAGUGUUCAACUGGGAUAUAGCGAGGAUCAGGCUAAACUUGAAUUUGAGGAUAUUGGUACUGAAAUUAAUCAUGCUAAAGCCUAUGGACGUAUAGCAUUUUCAGUUCCGCGAGCGGAACAACCAGAAAUUCAAAAAAAAAUCAAAGAAAGCGAUAAUAAAAUUUUGACUGAUCUGAUUACUUUAGAUACACCAGGGAAGGCUUCUGUAACAGUUAUUAUUCUGGCAGAUCCGGAUGGUCAUGAAAUUUGUUUUGUGGACGACGAAGGAUUUCGUGAGCUAUCCGUUCCAGACUAUCCAAGCGAAAAAAUUUUAGACAAAUACAUCGCGAAAGAAGGCUAAAUUGAUUAACUUUCGACAUUAGUUUACCUUCAAAGAGUUCCGAAUGUUAUACGUUUCAGUAUUUUCUCAAAUUUAGAAGGCUGUAUUUGUAGUACUUCGUUAUUGUAGAAAAAAUGCAGUACAGAGAGGUGAUGGUGCGCGAUGCAAAUUAUUUUUUAUAUAAAUUUUUUUAAAAGGAAUAAAAAAUCUCAACAGUUUACUAAGAUUUUGAAUACUUG